UGUUCCAGCAAUAAAGUUUCAACUUGUGUGAUUUUUUAACCUAGUCAGAGAGGUGUGACGUACAUUCAAAAUGUCUUUGAAAAAAACACUAAGCGCUAUAACAUGAGACCGUACGGACCAGGUGCUGGAAAGUGUGAUUAGAACGGGCUGCCCGUUUAAUCAACAGGAGUAAAAUGAUGGGCUGGAUGGCCCCUUCUCGCGCUGUCACUUUUCUCUGGGUUAAUUCCGUGAUGUAUCUGAUUGAACAUUGUAAAGUGAGAGCUGGCCAGCAGAGGGAGUUUCCAGUCUAACAGGGAUUUCAGGCACGGUGCCUGACUCAGUUACAGUGACCACCAGCAGCAGCAGCAGCUGAACUGGGACAGACUCCUCUCGCUGGAUGGUGUGUCUGGUCGGCGGUCGGUGUACUCUCUCUGUUAGAGCCUGGAUAUCACCAUGACCGAGAUUAGAGCCCUGGCAGGGUCCAAAAACUCUUCCGAGGAGUCGUUGAUGAACGGUCAGAUUUAUGAGUACGAAUAUGAAUAUUACGAAUUGGACAUUUCUUUUGAAGGUCUUAAAGCGAACAAGUAUUCCAUUGUAAUAGCAUUCUGGGUUGGUCUCGCUGUCUUCAUGAUAUUUCUCUUCAUAAUUCUAAUGUUGAUGUCACGCUCAGGCUCUUCACCUGCACAAACUGACAACUUACAAAAAAAGUCAACAAAAAAGGUCAAGAGGAACGAUGGUCAUCAAGUACAGGACGAAAAUGUGUCCAGCUGUGUCGCUUCAUCCUUAAUGCCUGUAGACAUUGGAGCUGUGGCAAGUGUAAAUCUCAACAAUGAACAGAACAGCCUCGAAGUUUCUGAAGGUCCGCAGUCACUGCUGGAUAACAUUAUCAUUUCUACCAGAGUUAUUCCAUGAUCAGGCAAUCUAAAACCUGUAAUGAAGUUCCAGUUCUCAGGAAGGGGAAAAACCUGUUGGUAACAAUAUUUAGUAUUGCAGUUAAAAAAAAAAUGUUAUAAAUCAUUCCAUAAGUGCUAAUGGUUCAAGGGGUUUCUUAGAAUUCUCAAUAGUAUAUGUUUGUGGGUGGACAUUGUACUGUUUGACAUGAGUAACAAAUGUGCUUAUAUCAAAUUCUUCUGUCAGAAUUUUAGCAAAGUUUUAACUUAAUUGUCUUUUAACUUAAUUGCCUUUAAAAUGUCAGAAUGAGGCAAGUCAUAUAAAUAUGCUAAUGCAUUUGUUGCUAACAGCAGAAAUUUCAUUCUAUUUGUCAUUGCACAACAUAGUGGAUCUGCUUCUAAUCCAUUUAAAACUCAUUACUGUGCAGUUAAAGUUGGGCUGACCGUUUCUGCUGUUAAAGUUUGAAGUUUAACAGAAAAUAUCAGGUUUCAAACAAAUCCCACAUACUCUCACACAUAUCUCCAUUACUUAGCUCUUAACACGAACUGAAUCUUAUUAUUUCAUGUGCAAUGUGAAAACAAAUUUGAGUGAGAACUGCUUUUCACUUAUAUCUUAUUUGUACAAAUAUCAAUUUAAAAAUUAAUUCAAAUUCACUGUUCACUAUGUUACCAAAUACAUUAACUGCCAGGACCAAAUUUACAUUAAAAGCUAUGUUUAUUUUUUAAACUGUGGCAUCUCAUCUCUAAGUCAGAAGUCCGGGGAGUUUGCUGAAGUGAGGAUUGGCUGCUGCAUCUCCCACAUUACAGCAGCAUCCACACUUCAGAAAAAUACUUAAUUAACUUCAGUGCCACAUCCUGAGUUUCCGAAGGUGCCAAAUAAGUGCAAGUCCUUUUUUUACUUACUUGAUCUGAGAUCCAGCUGAAAAUGUGUUGCUGGAAAAGCGCAGCAGGUCAGGCAGCAUCCAGGGAACAGGAGAAUCGACGUUUCAGGCAUACGCCCUUCUUCAGGAUCUGAGAUCUGAGAUCCAGACGAGUUAGAAAUGUGAGGAGAGUCCAGUGUAAAUAGAAUUGGGCAACUGUUUCAUCCUGACUCAGUUAUUUCCUCGGGUGCUACUGGUUGGCAGCUUUCUCUUUUGAAAAGAAUUUUGGUGAUGGGUUCAUUGAAAAGUGAGGAUGAACAUAGACCAGCAGCAAACCACUCUCGCUCCUCCAAGACCGUGUUAGGGAACUGGAGCGGGAGCUGGAUGAACUUCG